CUUCAACUGGAAGCGCUGGCCCUGGGCGGCUAUCUCAUACCACGAAGGCGCUUGUGUUGCGUUGCCCACCCCUCGUCUCUUCCCGGGCUUUUGUUGUUUUUCGCUUCUUUCUUGUCUACCAGCAUGGGGGGAAAUGGCCCCAAUUCCUGCUCCGACGAAUAACAUGGCCAAAACAUGCUGCCAGGCGGGGCGUCGUGUAUGGCGAGAUGCAUUUGCCCAGCUAGGGCGGGCCGGGACAAGACUGAGCCUCUGGCCAGUGGCAUCUCACGAUGGACAGCGUCUGCGUCGAGGCAAUGUCGCCUCCGUGCUUUUCCCUCAAAACCCAUAGCGUCAACUGGUUCGGCAAGAAGUUGUUGCUGGCCAGCUUGUUAAUCUCCGUGUUUUUCGUGUUUCAUUUUCUUUUCCUUUUUCUGCAGGCUGUCCAGGUGGCUGUCUUUUUUCCUCUCUUUGGUUCUGGUCUCCCAGAAACUGUUCAUCUUCUAUUCAUCACGUCUCAUUCCUACUUCUUCAUUUUUUUCCUGGCUCACUCAUUCGUGUGGCUUGCUUUUUACUAUUGUUCGGGUCCAAAUACUGACCUUUCUUUGUCUGGUACCGUCAUUCGUGCCGUGACUAAACCUGGCGUUUGGUAUCUCCUUAUUCUUCUUUGUCUGCCCCCUUCCUAUUCAUAACAGAACAAUGGGAAUCCUAUUCAGCCACGACUAAACCCCAUUCAAACAAACGAUUGACGACUGUCAUUUUUUACGCAACAAAGAAAAAUUACUUUCAGCCCCCUCGUCUUGUCUUUCCAUCUGACCCGGAGAUCUCUUGGUGCUUCCAGACUAACUCUGGAACACCCAACCACGUCCAGUACUCGUCAAACUGACGCUGGACAUCUCACAUUCAACGUCCAACUAAUUAUUACCAACUAGUAUAUUUUGAUCUUUAAAUCGUCAAAUUCUUUUGGUUUCUUCUUUCCAGCCCUUCAUCUUUCUUCUCUUUUUUUUUACCCCACUAUCCAUACCACUUUUAAUAUUUCACUUUCAUCAUGAACGGCUCGGUGUCGUUUUAUCACAACGCUCGUUCACAGAGCUCUCCAAUCUCAAAGGAUGGCAACAAAAACAACAACAGAGAUGAGUGGGAGGACUGGACCGAUGAUGAGCCAUAUUCUGGGGUCGGGGUGGCUGACCUGUUGUUGGCGCUCGACAAUGGCGAGACCCCAGCCCCUUUGUCUCGACCAAAGCACAAAGGCGGCCCGUCGCGGAAAUCCAGCUUCCUCUUGCCAGAUUCGACUUAUUCAGUCCAGAAGCCAACACGACUAAAGUCGAGGGCGAGGCAAAAGGCCCAAAAUACCAAGGCUGGAAUCAAAGUCGUCACGGACAUGACCAAAUUUCGCACCAAGCAACAACAACAAAACCAAAAACUAUCCGCCGAGGCUGAGAUGAGAAAAGGACAAUUCGCCGACCUCGCCGCGCUGCAGGCCCUCGAGGGUGACCAAAAUCAAUCUUCUGUUGGUAGCUGGCACUGGCUUAAGAAGAUGCAAAGCAAAAACGGCGUACCAAAAUCUCGAAUGGAUCAACUCAGAGCCGAGUCGAGCCCUACUCAAGACUUGUCACCGAGCGACCGUCCCAUCUUAAUUGGUCUCUCGUGCCCUCCCGACCAAGUCAACAUGAAUACGGUCAACACCAAGAACUCGUCCGCCCCUGGUGGCAGCGCCAUGAACCAUCCAUACAACUGUCCGCCGCAAGGGCAAAAGUCCGUAUGGUCUCCUGAUACUCCGAGUUCUGCUGGCUCUCAGUUCCAAAACAACAGAUCUCGAGUAGCUUCUAGCGUGUACUCACAGCCUGGCAACGGUGUCUAUGACAUGUCAAACGCACCGCCUGUACCUGCAGUGCCUGUCGGAUACAGUGACAAAUCCAGGACCAACCUCAUUGACAUUGAUGACGAUGAUGACAACUUCACCCCUGUGACUUUGUUCGAAGAGGACGGUAGCCCAUGCCUAUCGCGCAAACCAACCGCAAAGUCGAUCAAGCCAAAUACCAGAUCUCCUGUCACUGCUGGCAACACAAGAUCGGGAUGGUGGGAUCAUCUCCGAACGCCGUUCUUGGAACAGUCCAGCACGAAUCCUUUUGCAAGGUCCGAACCUAAACCUGCGACACCAACUCGUCAACCCGAACCCGAGACGACUCGAGAUGACUGGUGGCUUGGACAAGAUGAGAAAAGUAGCAGUCGCAAGCAGGCAGCUACCGCUACCACAAUGAGUCCAUCCUCGUCGGCCGCUAACGACGGCAGCACGCAGAGUGUAUGGUCCCCCCAGGCUGCCAAAUUGAUAAGUCCGUCCUCGUCGGCCGCCAAUGACGGUAGCACUCAGUCCGCCACUGUUGCCUCCUUCCAGAGUCCAUCCUCAUCUGCUGCAAACGAUGGUAGCACACAGAGUAUGUGGUCUCCACACAUUGCCACAGUAAUGAGCCCAUACUCUGCGGCUACCAACAACAGCAGCGCCCGGAAUGUGUGGUCUCCGCAAGCUUCCACACUCAUAAGUCCAUCCUCAAACGCCGCCAACGACGGCAGCACGCAAAGUGCCGCCACUUUAACCCCUGCUUCUUCCCUGGGCCCAGCUCCUGUAGCCCAAGCCACUAGGGCUCCUGCUCACACAGGUCAGUCUCACGCUGAAAAGGGUAGGAUCCUGGCGGAGGAGAACGACAUGCCGACCGAGCAGCCGCCACCUUACUCACCACCUGAGAAAAAAGGCCCCGUCCGCUACAUGGCAGUCUUCCCGCCAGGUCACGCACUUGCGGUGCCUCGCGUUCCCGACUCUCCUGGUCCUAUAUCUCCAGGACUGGCAAACACCAUGACGUCCCAAGGUGCCAUCAACAUGACUGAAGUACCCCUUACUCCACCUGCAAACCGCACAACUGCACCUCGCAUACCUGCACAUCCCUCGACGAUGCCCCUGCCAGACCGUCUUCCAGGUACCUACACGACAGGCGACCAGUUCCUCGCCAAUGUCGGCAACUCACCCGCGGCACGCAAUGAGCGUCAGCGCCGCCGACAUGAGAAGGAAGAGAUUGUUGCGCGCAAGGCUGGUGGCUUCUGGCGUGGCCGUGGCUGCAUCCCUGCCAACGGCUGCUUUGGACGUACGGGACGCGAGGGCCGUAAGCGACGUCGGGUCUGGCUUGGUGUGUGUGGUGGAGCUAUCGCCGUGAUUAUCCUCGUCGUCGUUCUGGUUGUCGUUCUGCUGCGUAAGAGCACUGGAGCCACCGCUGAACAGUCCAUGUGGCUUAACCUGACCAGCUUCCCGCCGAUUCCAACGGGUGUAAUGACGGUUAUCGCGCCUGACAACUCCCAGGAUAUCACAACAUGUGUGCAGCCUGCUACCCUAUGGAGUUGUGCACUGCCCAAGGAGCAGCAGGAUGCCAACCAACCAUACGCGCCUGAGCAGCCCCGCUUUGUCAUUCAGAUCCAGUUUGACAACAGCUCGCAGCAGUACUGGAACAUACCGGAUGGCCAGGUUCCCGUCCUCAAGCCACUCGGAGACUCCAAAACAGCAAGGGGGGAACCCUCAGAUAGCGGCAAGAGGUUAUCAAGUCGUACAACGGCCGGCAUUCAGUCGCUUCUUCGACGUGACGAGCCAAACCCCAACUUCACCCCUGACCCACCACUGCCCAAGUUCGAGGAGAUGUGGUUCCUUGGCAACUGGACAGACGGCAUCCAGUCUCCUCGCAAAGCCGGCGAGGCUACACCUUUCUACAUCAGCAUACUCCCAUCCGCCAACGAAACGGCUGGGCCAAACAUGCUUGGCAGGCGCCAGUCCACUGAAGGCUCUCGAAAGAACCAGACCAACCUGACUCCAGACCUCGCUAGCCUGGUGCCCUUCCCGGACGUGAACCCAGAUGGCACCGCCAAGCCGGCGACGCUCUUCCCGCACCCACGCCAGCAGCAACUGCGGCUGUUUGAUCGCGGCCUGGACACGGAACACUUUGGAUUCUACACAUACUUCAACAAGACGAUAUUUGUAAGAUCCAAGGAGGCGCUCGACAACGCUACCUCACAGUUGGGCGACGUGCCUGUCGAUCGUAAUGGAGGGGCCUCGCGCUCAGAGGCUCGCUAUGUUGCCGUCUGGGCUUACACGCGACUGCACGUUCAGAUCUGGACGCGGCGCUCCGGCACGGCCAGACUACUGGGCCGCGACGGGCGCAAUGUCCAGGGCCUCUCUGAAAAGGAGGCGGUGGAGCUGCGGAGGCCCGGGACGUUCCCGUACCCCAUCACGAUCGGCGAGGACACGCACGGCGGCGACCCGAACAAGAAGGGCACUUAUACGUUUGAACUGGACGACCGGGGCAGGCCGCAGCGGGACAAUGACAAGAUCUUUUUGCACCUGAAUCACAUGGACACCACGACGGAGCUGAUCAACCCUAGGGGCAAAAACUUCAACCCUAGCUUUGGGGGUAUCGACGGAGGGACCGGAGGUUGCAAGUGCGCAUGGUCCAACUUUGUUGGGACGAGUGGUAAUAUUUUCUAAGCAUUUUCAGUCGGGGGAAAGGAGAGAAAAAUAAUGAAACUCCACUGGGUGGUAUUUUUGCAUGUUGGAUAUCCCGCAUCACUUGAUGCUUUGUUACGUUUUUCUGUUCAUGAAUCUGAGAUUGUGAUUCUCAAUCUUAAUUAAGGGAGGCCCCUGAAGCUUCCGUAGUGUUACAUUUGGUAACUAAAACAAAGAAAAGUUUUUUAUUCCG